AACGGGAAAGAGCGAGAAGGCUGGAAAGGAGUAGCUAGACUGCGCGCGCCGUGGAGGAUUCAUGGAGCCGGAGAGAUCCAAGGAAGCCGCGAAGCAGCCGAUGGAGGCGGAGGCCGGAGAUCCAGAAGAUCCUCGCGACCUAGUAUCCAGCGACGAUGAGAUAGACUACUCUGUCGAGCCCGAGUUCUACGACCCCGCCAUAGACGAUGUUGACGAGCGGUGGGCGCACAAGCAGCGGAAAGGCCGGACCUCCGACGCCGUGCUCAGCUGCCCCGCCUGCUUCACUACCUUGUGCCUGGAUUCCCAGAGGCAUGAAAAGUAUGUGAACCAGUACCGUGCAAUGUUCGUGAGCAACUGCAAGGUCAAGACCGAUCAGAUCCUACGGGAGGGGAAAGGAAAGCGCAGGAAUCGCAGAGUAACGGCUGUCGAUUCUACCACACCAGAGGCUGAAAACAAGGGUCCAGUCUUUCACCCUGUUUGCUGUGAGGUCUGCUCAACUGAAGUUGCCGUGUUUGAUGAGGAUGAAGUUUACCACUUCUUUAACGUCAUUCCUAGUAACUCGUGAACCUUGUGAUGUCGUGGUAACUGUCCCUGUAGUGUAGUUCGUUGGCCCUAAGCAAUGAGCAGCUGUAGUAUUCUGGGGAUUAUAUUUUCUCUACUUGUCAAUCCUGUGAUAUAAUCAGCCAAGUAACUCAGGUAUUAUAAGUAUUGACGUUUGAUCUAGUUUUUCUA